UUUACUUUUCCGCUAACUCUCCCCAACACACAAACAACUAACUCUCACUUUCUUUCACUCGGAAAGUAGAAGACCUUUCCGUUGGCUCCACUUUCUCUCUCACUUUCCCGGGCUUUCUCGGGGACCAAACAGGGCUCAAGGAUGGCGUCAGAGCCAGCAGCAGCAGCGGCAGAAGAGGGAAAAGCAUGGGAAGAGGCUCUGAGAAAGAUGCUACCGGCGGGUGCGCCGUUGCCGGACGAAGAGCAGCUCGACUACUCAAUCGCGAUCGAGUACCAAGGGCCUCCGGUUUCCUACGAAGUCCCCAAGGUUGAUCCCCUGGACCUGGGCUCCGUUUCGAUUCGCAGUUCUUCGGUGGCUUCGGUUUCGAGCCUGUCAUCUAUCCCGGUUGCCAUGCCGAUUACUCCGAGGGCCUGGAGAUUUAAUCGGACUAGUAAUGGAGGUCUUAGUAGUAGCAAAGAGCUGAACACUCCCGUGGAGAGCCAGAGAUGCUCUUCGGCUUCGAGAACUCAGUUCGAGCUACAGAGCACCGGAGACGGAGAAUCGGAAUUUACAAACGGCAUUAGAGAUCCGCACCCGGAUUCGGUGCGAAAACCUGAUGUGAUUGAAGGGAAGCAAGGUCCGGUGGUGACGUUCAAUACUCCGAGGGACUCGGAGUACGAGGAGGACGAAUCGGAUACGUACUCGGAGUCCGUGGUCGGGUCGCCGAUGUCGGUGGCGAGGAAUGGCGAGAAAAAAUCGUGGAAGAAGCGAGGAGUGUGUAGUAGGUGCGGGAGAGGGAACAGGUUGAGGGAGAGGGAGGCUUGUAUCGUUUGCGGCGCGAGAUACUGCGGCCAUUGUGUGCUGAAGGCGAUGGGGUCGAUGCCGGAGGGGAGGAAGUGCGUGAGCUGCAUUGGGCAGCCGAUCGACGAGGCUGGGCGGUCCCGGCUAGGGACGAGCUCGAGGAUCUUGGCAAGGGUUUGCAGUCCCUUGGAGGUGAAGCAGAUAAUGAAAGCCGAGAAGGAGUGCGCGGCGAACCAGCUGAGGCCAGAGCAAUUGGUUGUGAAUGGGAAGCAGUUGCGGCAGGAGGAGUUGGCGGAGGUUCUAGGGUGUUCGAUUCCGCCGCAGAAGCUAAAGCCCGGCCGGUAUUGGUACGAUAAGGAUUCUGGGCUUUGGGGAAAGGAGGGAGAGAAGCCUGAUAGAAUAAUCAGUUCGAAAUUGAACGUUGGGGGUAAGCUUCGGCAGGAUGCGAGUAAUGGGAACACAAAAGUUUGCAUGAAUGGCCGUGAGAUCACCAAGAUUGAGCUCAGAGUGUUGAAGCUGGCCAAGGUACAGUGCCCACGGGAAACUCAUUUUUGGGUGUAUGAUGACGGAUCUUAUGAGGAAGAAGGUCAAAAUAACAUUAAAGGGAACAUAUGGGGAAAGGCGUCCACUCGAUUCAUUUGUUCAUUACUUUCAUUGCCUGUUCCACCUGGUAUUCAUGGGACAAAAGAAGAUUCAACUAAUUUUUCAGGUAGGUCUGUGCCCGAGUAUUUGGAGCAGGGAAGAGUCCAUAAACUUUUGUUAUUUGGGUUGGAAGGAUCUGGAACCAGUACUAUCUUCAAGCAGGCCAGGUUUUUGUACGGGAGCAGGUUCACUCCAGAAGAGCUGCAGAAUAUCAAACUUGUGAUUCAAAGCAAUAUGUACAAGUAUCUUAGCAUAUUACUUGAGGCACGAGAGCAGUUUGAAGAGGAAGCAUUGAUAGAGGGAAAAACUACUGCUUUGAAUUCUGAAGACUCUGCCCCAGGCAAAACAGGAAUUAAUGAAAGCAAGCAAUGCAUCUAUUCAAUCAAUCAAAGGUUCAAGCAUUUUUCUGACUGGUUACUGGAUAUUGUGGCUAUGGGAGACUUGGAUGCUUUCUUCCCUGCUGCUACACGUGAAUAUGCUCCAAUUGUAGAUGAAAUUUGGAGGGAUCAUGCCAUUCAGGAAACGUACAAGAGAAGAGAGGAAUUGCAUUGUCUUCCUGAUGUUGCCAAAUAUUUCUUAGAUCGGGCUAUAGAGAUAUCAAGCAAUGAAUAUGAACCUUCAGAGAGGGACAUUUUAUAUGCAGAGGGAGUCACUCAGAGCAAUGGGCUUUCCUUCAUGGAAUUCUCAUUUGAUGAUAGAAGCCCCAUGUCUGAAGUAUACAAUGAGAACUUAGAAUCCCUGCCACCCUUGACCAAAUACCAACUAAUUCGCAUAAAUUCCAAAGGACUGCAUGAUGGUUGCAAAUGGCUGGAAAUGUUUGAGGAUGUGAGGGCAGUGAUAUUUUGUGUUCCCUUGGGUGACUAUGAUCAGAUGUGGUCCCAUGGUACUGGUCCUCUUCGUAAUAAAAUGCUAGCAAGCAGAGAUUUGUUUGAGAGUUUGGUGAGGCACCCUUGUUUCAAAGACACCCCUUUCGUGCUCCUGCUGAACAAAUAUGAUGUCUUUGAAGACAAGCUAAACCGGGUUCCUUUGUCAGCUUGUGAGUGGUUCAGGGACUUCAGCCCUUUGAAGCCCCAUCACAACUAUCAGUCCCUUGCACAGCAAGCAUACCACUAUGUGGCAGUCAAAUUCAAGGAGCUAUAUUCUUUCUUGGGCAGAGAUAAGUUAUUCGUCGGGCAGACUCGAGCUCGGGAGCGUGCUUCAAUUGAUGAGGCAUUCAAGUACACAAGGGAGGUCCUCAAGUGGGAUGAAGAAAAGGAUGACAAUAAUCUUUAUGGAAUCACUGGGGAUGAUUCGUUUUACAGUACAGAAAUGAGUUCCUCUCCAUAUAUUAGACAGGAAUGAUCUGUCUGCUUUGCUGGGGCGUGCUGCCAUUUUUCUCUGAAAAUCUGGUGGAUAUUUUUUACUUACCCAUGACAUGGCUGAGCAGAGGAAGUGAGGUAAGUUGGCUCUAAAGAUGCUGUAUUAAACUUGCAAGUCCGGCAUUGUUGAGUGAUUUCAAAAUAAGGUCAUUCUGAUUCGCAAGAUAGUGAUUUUUUUUUUUUGGCAUAAUUUGCUUGCCUGUACAGUGUAUCUUGUUCUUCGACACAGAUGGGGAACUUUCCUGAGUAAAGUUGUUAGAUUUGUUGUAAAUGCUGGAGGAGUUCCCUUUCUGUAAUAGCACAUCCUCAUUGUGAGGCUCACCAACUCGAUAGAUUUCAAUGAUCUGCUUAGCAACUCACCUUUGAUUUGUCAUCGAUUGGACCGAAUAUGAUGCGUUUAUUUAUUAUAGAAAUUCAAAUUAUAAUU